UUGGAGCAGUGUGUAUAUGUCUGCUUCAACGUGGGACAGCUGGUUUCAGUGUUCCUACAUGGGGCAGGUGGGGAAAUAAGAGGCUUCUGCCUUGGAAUCCAAUAUUGGUGCUCAUUCUCUUCCGAGGAUUAAAACUGCUAUGGAAACAACCAGAGAGUCCCAUUCAUCAUCUGAGUUCUCAAACUUUGAGACAGAGUCCGUGCAUCACACCGACAAGGAGAUUCAAGCAGAUCUGGAUCACACCAGCAACUUGGAAGGGUCUGAAUACUCUUAUCAAGAAGGCAGUGUAGAGUUCAAGGAGAUGCAGGCAGGAAUUGAGUUUGCUGUGCAGAUAACACCAAUUAAAGAGUCAAAGAAACACAGGGAAAAGAUGGAUGCUGCGAGGGACACCCCAGCCUCUUCAUACGUCCCUGAUGAUAUGACAGAGGUCUUAGAGAAUAAGAUUCAAACUGGGCACCUGGCGAUCAGCGCUCCAAGAGGAACCAGAGCUUUGCAGCAAGAAGCCUACUCCAGGAUUGGCGAGGCCAGUAGUUUACAUGGGAUAGGUCAGCUGAAAGGCAGGCAGAUCACAGCAACUGAUCUUGACUUGGAAAAGAUGAGGCUGGAUGGUGCAAUGACCAGGCUGAAGUACCGGCAUGAGGACAAUGAAAAGCGGAGGCAGCAUGAGGAAAAAAUGGCACAGCUACGUCAACAGAAUGGUUCUCGAUCAAUUGGGCAAGAGCUUCAUGAAUUACUCCAGCCCCAGAACCAGUAUGCUCUAUUUUUCUUAUGCUUCGUCUUUAUCCAUGUUAUUUACACAGUCAGGGAGCUGGCUUUCUAUUUUAUUGUGAAGCACCACUUAUUCUGCUUUGCCAUGUUGCUGUAUUUCCUUUGCAAGAAGAUUCUGUUGGAUUACAAAAGCCGGAAAAACUAACUGAGAAAUAGCAGCAGACUCUAUAUGGCAGAGAAAAGAGAACAUACUACUCCCUGAUGUUUAUGCAUCUCAGUUCUGUCCUCCUCAUUGUCUCUUCUCUUUAUACUUCUCCUUUUCUAAUCUGCCAGAUAAAGACAAAUUUCAGCUUGGCUUUUUUCAGGACCUGACAGUUUCCUCUGUGUUGAAUGUUGGGUUCCCACCCUCACUUUGUUAUUCAUGUAUAGGCUCUUCCUUUUCAGCCAUCCCCUUGAGCCUGCCAUCAUAACCAGUAUUAAUAA